UAGAGCCAAGUAGGUCCUUGUGACAUUUACUACAGUGGCCAUAUAAAGGAGCGUAAGUUUGGUGUGGGAUUCGUGGUGGGAGAGAGACUCCGUCGCCGAGUACUAUCAUUCACUGCGGUGAAUGAACGUCUAGCCACAAUCUGCAUCAAAGCGAGGUUCUUCAACAUCGCUGAUUUGCACCCCCGCUCCGAUGGAAGAGAAGGACGAUGUGACCAAAGAUGCCUUUUAUGAGUGCUUGGAGCGCACUUAUGAGAGAUGCCCCCGCCACGAUGUCAAAAUCGUGCUUGGCGACUUUAACGCCAGGGUGGGUAGGUAUCUUUGGCACUACGGUCGGUAAAUUGUCCUUAUUGCUACUAGGGCUGGUCCUUGGAUUUUAUUUCUUACAUACCUCUCAAAUAUGAAUCGUUGCAUUGGUAUGUUGUUUGUUGAAAAGGGGGAGAAUUAGUUCUACCUCCCUUAUAAAGGACGAUAAAUCGUAGUCUUUGCCCGUAUACUCCCUUAUUCUCGACGCUUCUUUUAUUAACUCUGAACCCGAGGCAUUCAGGUUUGAUUCGGUUGCCAUGGUUCUUCUUUUUUUUCACUUGGUUCACUUAAAACUGAUUAAUACCGACGUAAUCUUUAUUAUUAAUCUUUAAAUUAAUACCGAUGUAAUAUUUAUUUUAUUAUUAAUCUUUAGAUUAAAUCUUAAAUUUUCGAAUGUAGACACAACGUUAGUUGAACUCAUUCAUAUGUUUGUGAAAUCAAUUAAGUCAACGAAAUCGAUCGUUGCACCAAAGUUAUUAAAAUAAACAAAAACGAAAGUAUCGAAUUACUAUUGCAGUGAUCAAUAAAUUUUGGUUGUUGUAUACAAAACAAAAUUAAUUAGGUUACAAUGUUGCUAUGCAAGCAAACAAUUGAAUUUGUAAGUUCGGAAAUCAAUAAAUUUGAUCGGUCUGCAUUUUCAUUGUGUAAACAAUUGAAACUGAUUGUUUUUCAUUUGCUCCAAUUUAUUGGAAGCGAGUUGAACGACUCAUUGGAAUGGUUAACAAAUUAGAUAAACAGGCAGCAUCAGAGGAUGUGUUAAAAAAAGCCCAAUCCCUACAACUGGCGUCAGCACAAAAAACAUGGACCUAUGCAAGGGACAGUUUGUUUGGGCUUUGGAAGAGCCGGACAAUGAGUAAAAGGGAUAACGCCCGAAAUACUGGAUCCAGAGGUGGGAAGGACAAGGUAAUGGAUGAAGCUGACUUGGCCAUCCUCGAUAUUCUGGAAUCAGACUCAGCUGUGGUAGAGGGUUUGAAUUUGCCAGAAACUUAUGGCAACUCAGAAAAUCUACCGUCAGCUGAGAAUGAUUCCAGAAUAUCUAUUUCAGAAGAAACAAUUGCCAAUUCACCUCUAACCAAAGAAAGAGGAAGCGCUCUACCAAGUUUCCAAGUGAAACUUUGGAUAGAGAGAAAAAAUGCCGGAUGGAGCUCCUUGAGGUUGAGGUUUACUACCGGAAACUUCAAUGCCUAAAACUGGAGAGGGAGGUCCUACUUCCACCCUCUGCUAUCACACUGGGAAUUGCAAAGGCAGAAACAGAAAGUAUAUCGCGUCUAUUAUUUGAGGAGGUUUGAUUACCAAAGACCAAGUUUUCAUUUGUGUGUAUUUGAUUUCUAAACAUUUUAUUUUGAAAUAAUUUGUGAUAAAAACAAAAAGCUCUGAAAUUAAUAAAUGAUGUAAAUAAAUACAAAAAUAUUUCCUUUA